CUCCCGGCUCCAGCCCAGGUUGGCGAGCAGGGGGCGGCCCCAGGGCUGCGGCACCCCCGGCCCCUCCGAGCCCCAUCGCUCCUCCCGGGGGAGCGGCCAGCGCGGGGAGCGCUCCCGGCGCGGCUGCGGGAGCUGGGAGGCUCCAGCGGGAGAGCAGCCCUGGAGCUGCAGGAACAAGAUGCCCGUGAAGUUUAACCUCUCCUAAGAGGGAAAAAAAACCACAGAGAAAGAAAAAACCACAAAAAAUCAUGGAUCCUUUGUACUUCUCCAGCACUUUUAGCACGGAAGCCUCUCCUGGCGAGGUGAACUCCUCUCUGCCGCCCAACGCGACGGAGAACGGGACGCUCCCGGAGCCGCCCCCGUUCCAGUACAUCCACAAGGUGCUCAUUCCCAUCUGUUACCUGCUGGUGUGCGCCGUGGGGCUGAGCGGCAACGCCCUGGUCAUCUACGUGGUGCUGCGCCACGCCAAGAUGAAAACGGUCACCAACAUCUACAUCCUCAACCUGGCCGUGGCCGACGUGCUCUUCAUGCUGGGCCUGCCCUUCCUGGCCACCCAAAACGCCAUCUCCUACUGGCCCUUCGGCUCCUUCCUCUGCCGGCUGGUGAUGACCGUGGACGGCAUCAAUCAGUUCACCAGCAUCUUCUGCCUGACGGUGAUGAGCAUGGACCGGUACCUGGCCGUGGUGCACCCCAUCAAAUCCACCAAGUGGAGACGCCCCAGGGUGGCCAAGCUCAUCAGUGCCACGGUCUGGACCUUCUCCUUCCUGGUGGUGCUGCCCGUCAUCAUCUUCUCGGACGUGCAGGAGGACUUCCAGACGUGCAACAUGAACUGGCCGGAGCCGGUCAACGUCUGGUCGGCGGCGUUCAUCAUCUACACCUCGGUGCUGGGCUUCUUUGGGCCUCUGCUGGUCAUCUGCCUGUGCUACCUGCUGAUCGUGGUCAAGGUCAAGUCCUCGGGGAUCCGCGUGGGCUCCACGCGGCGCCGCCGGUCGGAGCGGAAGGUCACCAGGAUGGUGGUGAUCAUCGUGGUGGUCUUCGUGUUCUGCUGGCUGCCCUUCUACACCAUGAACAUCGUCAACCUGAUCCUCAUCCUGCCCGCUGACCCCGUCCUGGAGGGGCUCUACUUCUUCAUGGUGGUGCUGUCCUACGCCAACAGCUGCGCCAACCCCAUCCUCUACGGCUUCCUCUCCGACAACUUCAAGCAGAGCUUCCAGAAGGUUCUCUGCCUCCGGAAAGGUGACGGGGUGGAGGAUGGAGAGCCCGUGGAGCACAGGCAGGAGAACAGCAGCCGCCUGCAGGAGUCCAUGCUGACCCAGAGGAACGCGGAUGCCAACGGGCACAUGCAGACCAGCAAGGUCUGAGGGCACGGCCGGCACUGCAGGGUGUCCCGGAGGACUCGGGGACUUCAAGGAGGGCUCAGUCCAUGUGAAAGGACCAUGUGGAGCCCCAGAAGCUCCAAGAAAUGUACACAGAGGGCUCUUCCCUGCUUUUCCCAGCUGGAAGUGCCAAGCUCUUGUGGUGUCCUGCUGGAUCCGACGUUUGGGACCGCUUUGGGUCCUCCAGGGAACGAUUUCCAGGCUUUGUACCCCUCUAGCGAUGCAAACCAAUGCUAAGCCAGCUCUAAUUCCCUCGUUAAGCUGGGUUUAAGGCUGCUUUGCACUGCUGGGAUCAGCUCCGAGCAGCAAAAAGCUCGGCUGGGAUCUUUGGGAAUUCUUCAAGGGGAUUUCUGAAAGGAAAAUGAGAUUUAUUCAGAGUUUCAUGCAAAAAAGGUGCCAGCACUGCUCUGGAAAUGGGUUCUGAUGUGCUGGAACCUCGGUGUUGUGAUGUCACUGCCGAUGGCCACGGGCUCCUGGGGAGAUUCGGGGUCCAUUCCUUGGUUCUGAGUGUCAGGCUGGACUCCAAACUGUGAUUCCAGAAAUUAAACCCAGCUCAAUCUCCUCUGAGUGUCAGGCUGGACUCCAAACUGUGAUUCCAGAAAUUAAACCCAGCUCAAUCCCCUCCUGACUGGUGCAGUGGCCAGGGCGGUGUUUGCACCUCGAUCCUGGAGGUUUUUCCCAAUUUUAAUGAUUCCAUCAUUCCGUUCAUUCUGUUGGAUGUGACGCUCGUGUUCCCAAACCCAGGAAUUCCCAGGAUACACCGAGACACAAACACAGGAUGUACCCAGAGCCUGGGGCAGGGCCCAUGAGUAAUUUACUCAAAGGUUUCUCCCAGUAGCAGGCAGUGCCCACCUGCCCUACUCCACAUUCCAGCUCCCAGCCCAGCCAGGUUUAGCUGAUUAAUUAAUAAAAUUAACUUCUCCGGUUGGUUUGGUGUGAGAUGGGCUGUGAUUCCCUCAGUUUUCCACCUGAAAUUAUCCCUCCUGGAAAGCUCAAGGCUGGGGCAGGAAAAUCUGCCUUGGGAAGAAAAGGGAUUUUAAUAAAUUCAGAUUUCUGGGAAGGAGCUGAACCUUGGCUUGGUCAGAGCAAAGAGUGUUUCUCCCCUCCUUCUAUGGAAGUUGAUCAAAUCCUUGGAAUUAACCAAAGCAAGUUUUAUCUGGAGGGAACAGAAGCUAAAAAAGGAGGAGGAUAAACCUGAGCCUUGUUUUCCACACGCCCCAGAACAAUCCCAUCUCUUUUCCCACUCUCCCAGGUCAGGACUGGGAUCCCAAUUCCCAGAGAACAGAAAUUCCAGCCAGCCCAUCCAAUAUUCCCAUUGAUAAUGCUGCAAUCCAUCCUAUUUAAGGAGGAAAUUUAGGAAAGCUCCCAAUCCUCCAAUUCCCAGGAAAAUUCCCUUUCCAACCAACAGCUCCCUGCGGAAUUCAGUGCCAUGGGAGUUCUGCUUUGGAGGAGGUUUUUUUUUCCCUGGUCCAAGGAAUAUUUUCUGGGAGCAGCUCCUGCAGAUCAUCUCUCCCAGUGCCACACCACCUUUGCUCCAUGGGAUUCCUUCCCCAUCCCCCCAAAAAAGCCUUUCCUCGGACCCGCUCUGUGCCUUUGGAAGCUCCUCUGGCUUUUCCCUGAAUCCCAAACGCCAUUCCUGGGCUUUUCCUGUCAGCUUGGCAGUGGAAUUUUGAGGAGCCAGCCGAGCUGCCAACGUCCCUGCACGCAUUCCAUCAAAACAUGUCAUCCUUCCACAAAGACUGACAAAUUCCCGGGAAAAAUCUGUCCUCCCAGCCAGCCCUUCCCAGGAAGCUCCAGACAGCAUCGACACUCCCCAAAUCCCCUUUUUUUUUUCACACAUUUCAACCCCAAUCCCUCAGCCCCAGGGAUUGAGUGACAUUUUUAAUACCUCGACAGACAAUCCUUCCAAAAAAUUCCAGCUUAUUCAGCUUUUCCUUUGAUUCAUCCAAGGAUUCCAAAUGUUGGCUCUUCCCUGCUGAAAAGAAACAACAAAACCACCCACGGGAAGAUCAUGGAAAAUUUGCCUCCCUGACCUUCAGGAGGUGGAAAAAUCAUUUGGAUAAAAUAAAAAAAUAAAUAAAGUAAUAAAUAAAAAAAUAAACUGGAAAUUCUGGUUAAGGCUCCAGCUAUGAAUAUUCACUCAGAUCCAUGGAAUAAAGGGAAUUCCAGCUGCUGGAUGCCAAAGGAUGUGAAGGAAGGAUGUCUGGAAAAAUCCACCAAGCAACCUUUGGGAUACAGGAGCAGCUUCCUUCAGGGAUUUGCUUUUUAUUCCGUGGAAAAUGGGUUUAAUUGAGGGGGGGAAAUCAUGGAUUGAGUUUGGACAAGUGGCGGUGGGACACGGCAAUUCCAAAGGGCAGAUUCCAGGGAUUGGGAUUAAUGGGCUUCAUGGGUUUCAGCACGGUCACCAUGGAAUCUCUUGGAUUUGGGAUCUUUCCUGGCUGCUCCAAGGGAGGGAAAACCCAGGAAUGUGCCCGAAGUGUGGAAUUUAUCCUGGGAUUUAUCGAUGGAUUGAUGUUGGAGCAAGAGCAGGGCACGUAUGGAAUUUUUGCACCUUCCCUAACUCCCAGUUAAAGGCAGCUCUGUGUUCCCUGAGGUUCCAGGGAUGGGAUUAUCCCUGGGAUCCAAACAUUCCCUGUGGCACAAAGUCCUGGCCCAGCCUCAAUCCAACAGCAGCAUCCUUAAAACCUGCAAAUCCCAGUUUCCCGAGCCUUUCCCUGCUCCUUGGAACUGCAGCCAAGGCGGGAGAGGCUGAUUUCAUUCCCGGGAUUUAUUCCAUGGAUAUUUUAUCCAGCUCCAUCCCCUCGCUCACCUGGAAUGCCUCAGCUGCUCACCUCACCCCGCUCCUGGUUUUCCUGGAUCGCUCAUUCCCGCCCGUUUGGGUGUUGUUUGGAUAACUCCAUGGAAAUCCGGCGCGGUUGCCAUGGGAUGGGCGACGCUCCGGGGUUUCUGUGUUCCCUCUCCCUUUCCCGCUGCAAUCCCGUAACACUUAAUCCUCCCUAUCUGCCCAUCAUUCCCUGGAAAGUCACGGGAGGUGAAGCUGUCCCCGCUGGCUCCCUUCUCCUGAGCCUUUAAGCCCUGGAUCCCGUUCCUGACCUCAGCCAGGAGUCAUCCCAAAUCCUGGAUGUAUCCCAUUCCCUCGGCCUGGGCUGAACCUGCAGGGCUUUCUCCAACAGGAAAAGCAGCAGCCCCCGGGAAAAGCUGGGAAUGAGCAAUCCUGGCCGGUGGGGAUGGGAGAUAACGGAGGAAUUCCCGUCGGGAUUUGACCCUGGAUGCAAACACAGCCCAGCCCUGGAAGUGCAGUGACCUGGGAAUCACCAGGGAAGGGUUUUCCCUUCACCUUCCUUGGAUCACCUCUGCUGGCUGGGAUUUGGGUUUGGGAUCCUCCAGUUCCCAACCCUCUGGGAUGGGAGAUCCAGAGCUGCAGCCCCCACUGCUCCGGAGGAUCCCUGUUUGAUAUUCCACAGGGAGAUCUGGGGCUUUUCCUCCCUCUGCUCCAGAGGUGAAUCCCACCACGGUUUUCCCUGGAAAAAUAAAGGAUAAAAACCCCUCCAAGGCCUCAAUGAAUUUAUCCUCUCACGGCUUCUCCCAGCAAAACAAAGAACCCUGGAAUGGUUUGGAUUGGGAAGGACUCAAAGCUCAUCCCAUUC